UUUUUUUUUUUUUUUUUUAACAACUCCUACAUUAUCCAUAAAUUUGUGAGAGCCUUGGAUUGAGAGUUGCUGAGAGGUCUCGUGGAUCUGUGCUGACAUACAAGCCCAGUCACCCAGUCUCUCUCCACUUCACAGGAUUGCUGCUUCACUGCUGUUUUGGUGAAGAUAUUCCUGAAGAAUUGUCCAAGGUUCCCACUGCAAAAAUGGCCAAGCUGAUAGCCACUCCUCUCAGUGCCCUUGUGGAUGAGCCUGUGCACAUCCGGGUCACUGGCCUGGCCCCCUCUCAGGUUGUGUUCCUCGAGGCAUCACUGAAAGACGAGCGGGGGAUCCUGUUUAGUUCUCAGGCCUCCUACAGGGCCAGUGAAGUGGGUGAUGUGGAUCUGGAUCGUGAUUCCUCACUCGGAGGAGACUACGUGGGCGUCCACCCCAUGGGUCUUUUCUGGUCCUUAAAGCCUGAAAAGCCAUUUAGUAGACUGGCAAAAAGAGAUGUGAUAGAUAGCCCCUAUCGAGUCCACUUAAAACUUCGAGAUCAGUACUCUUUACUAGCAGGUGUAGAUAUUAGUCCUUUGGACAGCCUGAUUUUGGAAAGGUGGUAUGUGGCACCUGAUGUCACGAGGAUCCAGGUAAAGGAAGGUCGCCUCCGGGGAGCGCUGUUUCUGCCGCCAGGAGAAGGCCCUUUCCCAGGGGUCAUUGACCUGUUUGGGGCCACUGGCGGACUGACUGAAUUCCGGGCUAGUCUCCUGGCCAGUCGUGGCUUUGCAUCUUUUGCUCUGGCUUACAUGGGCUAUGAUGACCUGCCCCCUCAACUGGAGCGAGUAGAUCUAGAUUAUUUUGAAGAAGCUGUAGAGUUUUUCCUGAGACAUCCUAAGGUCCUGGGCCCAGGUGUUGGCCUCGUUUCUGUAUGUAUUGGAGCAGAGAUUGGACUCGCUAUGGCUAUUAACCUAAAACAAAUAACAGCCGCUGUCCUUAUAAAUGGGCCUACUUUUGUAACUAGUGUUCCGCAUGUAUAUCAUGGUCAGGUCAACCAGCCUGUACCCCACAAUAUAGAAUUUGUAACCAAGAAUUCUUUGGGACUUACAGAGUUCUAUAGAAUCCAUGAGGAAACUGUAGGUAAGGAUAGCAAAUACUGUCUUCCCAUUGAAAAAGCUCAGGGACAUUUCCUUUUUGUGGUGGGAGAAGAUGAUAAGAAUCAGAACAGCAAAGUGCGUGUUGAUCAAGCCAUUGCACAGCUGACAAGAAGUGGGAAGAAGAACUGGACACUGCUGUCAUACCCUGGGGCUGGGCACGUGAUUGAACCGCCCUACUCCCCACUGUGCUCAGGCUCCAGGAUGCGCUUCUUGACCCCAUACCUCAGCUGGGGAGGAGAAGUUGUCCCACAUGCGGCCGCACAGGAGCAUUGUUGGAAGGAGAUACAGACAUUUCUCAAGAAGCAUCUCCUUCCAGAUAUGAGCUGUCAGCUCUGAGUGGCGUCGAUUCUGUUACUGGGAAGUAGAGUUGAGCCUCUCCUGACCAACAACACUUCUCACCUUCCACAGAGGCCUGUCUUUGACCUCUUAUUGAAUGAAAAAGGAAGGUACCACUAGAAAAUGCAGGACGGCUGAGAGUAAUGAAGCCUUGACUUUGGAAAAGAAAUGCUUUCCAUGAAAUGAAAUGUCAUGUAGUGAGAGCCCUAUAUAUGUAUAAACAAAAUCUUAGGCUGACUUUCCUAAAAAUUUCAUCAUCAGAGCAAUUUUCUGCGAUGAUAAUUAUCAAGGAAAUUACCGGUGAUAGGCUAUAGAAUACUUUGGUUUAUAAAAGAAACACAAAAAUAAUCACAUCUUGUCACUAACUUCUUAAAACUCACAUUAAACAUGCUUAGAUCAUUCUCAUUGUCAGUGGAAAUCUAAAGACAGCUGUUGUAAGGCAUUGUGAAUGCUUGUAUAUACACAGAAGCACUGAGCCAGUUUACUAUCAACCAUUUAGCGAAUGUUAAUCCAAUCACUUUUGCUUCUAAACAUUUCUGCAAUAUCUGUAAUAGGAAAGGAGCCAUCUGAGAUUGCUGAGGAGUGCAGCUAAGGGAAGCACUCACCGUGAUGAGCACUGUGGCCUCUGGGCUAGGGGUUAGCAGUUCUGUUUCUGUGAAGUACUACACUGUGAAUGACCUCAGCUUCGUCAUCCAUAAGGCUUCUGUCAGUCUGCUGCAGUCUGCUAGGAUAACAGGGGAAUUUUGCAAUGAAGAUGACGUCUGCCCUCCAAUUAAACUUUUAAUCAUGUCUACUGCAAUUUACAUUUAAUAAUUCUGUGCUGAAAAUGCUAUCUUUCUUUAAAAUUUCUCUAGCAUGUAAAUGUAAACCCACUGCUGUGUGAGCAGCACGAAGAUAUGCUGCAGGGCCACAGGGCCUUCCACAUGGCCCCCGGGCUUCUCUAAGAGACAAUUCCUGGCACAGAUAUUCCCAAGCUACUGAGCAAAACGGCUAGAAGUAGAGGGUGAUGCGUCUUCACACAGUUAAAAUGAAUGCGUAGAAAUACACUUCAGAUAAUUUUGAAGCAUGAUGGUAAAGAAUUAGCAUAGUGGCAACAUGAAGACAUGUAUCUGCCUGAACGCUUUUAAUUCUGUUUCUUUUUUUGAUAGUUUUUCUGUUUAUGUAAAUAAACAAACAAAUAAAUCUUAUCUGUUCAGGUGGAAUAAA